AAACACUGCGCUCGCCAUUGCUCAGCAAUGCUCCCCAGACCUGCCCGACUGCGAUUGUUGACGUGCACAGCGCCUUCGGGAGCGACGCGGCGUGCUGUCCGCAUGGACACCCACAUCGGACAUGGGCGCGCACCGCACCCCAGACACGUCUGGGGUUCCGGCCACUGCAAGGUUAUGUUACCCCUGCCUAUUCUCACUUGUGCUUGUGCAUUCGAUUUGUGUGCAGCGUUUGUGAUUGGCUGCGGGACGGCCGCGACGUUUUUUCGGUUCGCGCCCGCCAGGUCGGUGUGCGCGCAAUCGCGCAAUCGUCGCGGUCGCGUUACUCAACCUCGCACCAUCCGUCCAACUACACCCCCCGCAUUCCAGGCCGGCCAAAAUAUAGACUUUUGACUCCGUAAUCGGCCAUUCGUGCGGUGCUCGAGCUGUCGUGCUCGCUUCCGGUGACGACGGGAUGGCGACGAGCCCACGUCCUAUAAAACGCGGGGUACCCUGGUACGUCGCUGUAUUCCCCAGCAACUACGUUCACCUGCUUCCCCUCAGAGUCUG